GCACUGCUGGACAGAUUGUUUCACUUGUUUGUAUUGUUUACAGAAACUUUACCUGUCGACACAAAAAGUGUUUUUCUGUUCUGCUCGCUGAUUCUUGCGAGGACCCUUGGAGCUGCAGAACUUCCAGCUGAUCACUAGCUGAACACGUGGAAAAGAGCCGCGUCCUCCGACUGUACUGUUAGCAUUGGGGCCACUCCGAUUGGACGGCGACGAAGGAAUGCGAGCGUUCUUUCGCACCUAAUUGGUCAAACCUCACUCUGCGAGAGCGGCACACCUUCCCUCAUUAACAUAACUCGUGUUGUGGAAUGGAAUGGGCGGCGCUGUCAUUGGUCGAAACUAAAUAAUGAUAUGUAGCAAGAGAUGCUAAUGAGGGUGUGCGUUGAGCGCGUUCAAUGCUUGCUACAAUAUAAAUACAGUAUCUUUCUGGUUGACUGAUUCAAGAUGAGGAUCUUCUGUAGCAAGUCAAGUUCUUUGUUUGGUAGCCUAUGCUGUUGCUCGGAAAGAUGCUCCAGGCUCUCAGAGUACCGAUCAAGCGCUCUGGCUCCCUCGGGAGGUGGUUAGAUCUCGGGGGACAAGCUAAGGUGUUACUCAAAAGUAACGAAAAAGUGGUCAAAACGCUAGAGGACAUGCCCGGACCUAAUUCCCUCAGCUUUGUGUAUGACUUAUUCUGCAGGAGAGGCUUGUCAAGACUACACGAGUUGCAGCUGGAGGGCAAGGCGAAGUACGGCCCCAUGUGGAAGGCGAGCUUCGGACCAAUCCUGACCGUGCACGUGGCCGAGCCAGCCCUCAUUGAGCAGGUGCUGAGGCAGGAGGGCCAACACCCAAUCCGAUCAGACCUGUCCUCCUGGAAGGAUUAUCGAGACUGCCGGGGGCACGGCUACGGGCUGCUGACCGCGGAGGGGGAGGAGUGGCAGUCGAUCCGCAGCCUGCUGGGGAAGCACAUGCUCAGACCCAAGGAGGUGGAGGCUUACGGGGACAUCCUGAACUCCGUGGUUACCGACCUCCUCCGCAAACUGCAACAGCAGCGCCGCAAGAACGGCCUCAACGUGGUGAGGGACAUCGCCAACGAGUUCUACAAGUUCGGGCUGGAAGGGAUCUCGUCUGUGCUGUUCGAGUCCAGAAUCGGCUGCCUGGAGCCCAGUGUCCCCAAAGAGACAGAGGAGUUCAUCCAGUCCAUCAACACCAUGUUUGUGAUGACGCUGUUGACCAUGGCCAUGCCCAAGUGGCUUCACCGCAUCUUCAAGAAGCCCUGGCACAAGUUCUGCCAGUCCUGGGACUAUAUGUUUGCAUUCGCGAAGGGGCACAUUGACAGGCGCAUGGCCGAGGUGGCAGAGAAGGUGUUGCGGGGAGAGGCUGUCGAGGGGAGGUACCUCACCUUCUACCUGUCGCGCCAGAACCUCCCCAUGAAGGCGAUAUACAGCAACGUGACGGAGCUGAUGCUGGCAGGAGUGGACACGAUCUCCAGCACCAUGUCCUGGACGCUGUACGAGCUCUCCAGGCACCCCGAGGUCCAGGACGCCCUCUACAGGGAGAUUCAGAAAGUGUUGCAGGGCAACUCCAUUCCCUCAGCCAAUGAGGUGGGCAGGAUGCCCCUAAUGAAGGCCGUGGUCAAGGAGGUGCUCAGGCUGUACCCUGUGAUUCCCGGUAACGCCAGAGUGAUUGCAGACAGAGACAUCCUAGUAGGAGAAUACAUUAUUCCCAAAAAGACUCUGAUCACGCUGUGCCACUUCGCCACGUCGCGGGACCCCAAGGUGUUCUCGAACCCGGACAGCUUCCAGCCGCAGCGCUGGCUGAGCCGCGAUCAGAGCCACCACCCCUACGCCUCCAUCCCCUUCGGCUUCGGGAAGAGGAGCUGCAUCGGGCGACGGAUCGCUGAGCUCGAGGUCUACCUAGCGCUGGCUCGGAUCCUGACUCGAUUUGAAGUGAAACCGGAGGUCGAGGGGAGCGUUGUGAAACCCAUGACCAGGACCCUGCUGGUGCCAGAGAAGGAAAUCAACCUCCAGUUCAUAGACCGGUGACAUCACGACAGGGAGGAGCCUAGCUGGUAACCGCGACGAUAAAGAUGCAGCCCGCUUGGUUGGAAGGAACCUGGCAUUUGGGCUCCCAUGACACUCUAGUAGCAGGAUGUGUAGGCCCAAAUCCUCAAACCGAACUUCACGGACUUCCACAGAAGUCUAGCCUUAUUACUUUCUCUCUCUAAAACACAUUUUAUAAAACCACUACCUGCCUUUCAAGUUGACAGUCUGAGGGUCUGAAUAACUAUAAAAGCAACACUGAAGAAUUCCAAAGCAUCACAAAUUGUUGACAUCCUUGGUUGCUUGGUUUUCCGCGACGUUGUCACACUGUAGAACCCAUUUUAAACCCAGAUUACUGAGCUAAAAAUGCCGUAGAAGGAGGCGGCAAAUGAUUUUAUUCUGCACAGGGCUUAAAGUCAUCCAUUGGGUAUUUCACCCAUGUGUGUGUUUACUGUGCUUUACAAUAGCUGACCUUAGCUAUUACAAUGACUAAUGAAUUACUUGCAAGCAGUUUAUUCACCACAUUAUAUUAUACUGCAAUAACAGUUAAAAACAGGUUCUUUUUCAGAACCUUUUAAAAUGGGACAGCAUGAAUAAGAUGGUGAGGGGAGAGGGGGGGGGUUGAUAGUAAAAGAAAUACAGUCUCUGAUGAACAAUCAAGACUAAACAGGGCUCAGUUGAAUCCAAUAUAUUUAUCAUUGGAAGAUUUUUAUGACAAAUGUUUAUUCUUUUUCAAAAGCAUAGGAGGAAAUGUAGGUUACAGCUCAUCAAAAACACAAAUUUACUGUAAAACUUGUGAGACUGAUGGAGGAAAGUUAUGUAUAGGCUGUUGAGUAAAGCAGAUUAUAAAUGAUCUUAAAUCUCUUUUUAAGUGUAGUGCUAAUGUAGCCAUGAAUCUAACAAGCACGAAAGUGGCAGAACACUUUUAAUGCAUUAGUUCUGAGAUCAAUAAAGCAGGUUUCAAACCCUCCAAUAUAUAUAAUAUAUAUAUAUAUAUAAUGUGUGUAAGUUUUAUAUGCAUAUACUGUGUAUUUAUAAUGUCAAUCAGUAUUUUUAUUUAAAUUAGUCUUAUUUUCUAUUUAUUUUUGUAACGUAUGUAAAUAUUCCCAUAUGUCUCUGUUUUGUAUGAAGAUAAUGUCUGUUAUACUGUGACUUUAACAUGACUUUUUAUUUGUAUUUUUUUAUUUUUUUUUACUGCCAGUGUUAAAAGAAAGUAAAAGGUGACUUUACUGUCAUAAGAUACUAGAAUAUGUAUCUCACCUCACUGAUGAGAAAGGGUGCUCCCUCCAGUCCAGGGCAGGCUUGAGGCAUGGAGACUGAACUGCUCCCUCACCCCCUAAGAGAAAGGGUGCUACCUCCAGUCCAGGGCAGGCUUGAGGCAUGGAGACUGAACUGCUCCCUCACCCCCUAAGAGAAAGGGUGCUCCCUCCAGUCCAGGGCAGGCUUGAGGCAUGGAGACUGAACUGCUCCCUCACCCCCUAAGAGAAAGGGUGAUCCCUCCAGUCCAGGGCAGGCUUGAGGCAUGGAGACUGAACUGCUCCCUCACCCCCUAAGAGAAAGGGUGCUCCCUCCAGUCCAGGGCAGGCUUGAGGCAUGGAGACUGAACUGCUCCCUCACCCCUUAACACUGUCAAUCAGUAACAUGACUGUGAAAAAAAAUAUAUGUUUAGAAUUUUCUACUUGAUAUUAUUUAUUAUGGCUUUAAUAAAAACAAUGGUAUA